AUGGACCUUGAGGAUCACGACAACGAUGACAUCGAGCGAGAGUUGUACCAACUUGGCCUUACUGACGUCCCCCCGCGUCCACCUCCGGCUCUGCGGGGGGCGCCGCUCCCCCCCUGGCCGCCCCCGCACCCAGCCUCCGCCCGCAGCCGCUCCGCCCCCUCCAUCCAGGAGGACUCCCUCGAGGAGCCCCCCGUCCUCCACAACCCCCGCCCGCCGCCGCCCCACCACCACCACCCGCCAGGCCCGCCCCCCCUGACCCACCACAACCCCUUCCCCACGCGUCCCGGUGUCGUGGGCGGAGGGCGGCUGGGCUUGUGGGGCGGCGCUCCUCAUCCGCCCGUGUCGGCGGUGCACCACAGCCUCACCGACUUGGCCUCAGACAAUCCGGGCCACAACUAUGCCCCCGCCCGCACCACGGCCGCCCAGGCUGCCUUCAACGGCGCGCUGGCGGGCGCCGCCCAGGGCACCACGACGGGGGAAGAGUCGGUGACCAGUGCGGGGGCGGAGGUGACCUUCACGACGGCGGCGGCAGCGGCGGCGGUCAGCAUGUGGCAGCAGGACCCCAGCGCCGUGCACUACCCCGGCUACGUCCGGCCGCAGGACUUCAACACGCUGCCCCGCGGGCCGCGCGACGUGUCCCCCCGGCAGGAGCCCGGCGACGAGGACGAGGAGCGGCUGGCAGCCCUGGUGACCAGCGUGGAGGCGGCGCUGCGCAGAAUUCAUGCGGGGUUGCAGGAGUCCUACAUCAUGUAUGAAAACCCCGACGACGAAGAGGACCCGCCGCCCCCGCAGCCCGUCACUGCCUCACUGCGGGACCCUCCGCCCUCCCCCGUGCCGCCCCACGAACCCCCGGGCUCGCCGCCCCCGCCCGCAGGCCCACAGGGACCCAUGCCGCCCACCCCACAGGGCGGCGUUGGGGGUGGCGCGCCCCGCCUGGUGGGCCCCGACAACGCGUCCAUGCUGUCCCGGCAGCUGGGCUUCAUCCCCAUCCAGGAGGGGGCGCCGCAGCCCCCACAGGGCUCGCAGCCCGCGCCCCGCCACGCCGAGCGCCACCACCACCACCACCACAAGCUCAGCAAGAAGGUCAAAAAUCAUAAAUCAAAGAGUAAACCUCUACCACUCUCCCUGCACGCCACGCCCUCCAGCCGAUUCACACCAAGUGUUGCACGCCCACAGGUGCUACUCUCUGGCCUGAUGACAUGCCCCGGACCCGGCUUCAAGCUGCUCAACAUCACCCGCGACUCGAAGUCCGGCCAGGGCUUCGGGUUCUCCAUCAAGGGCGGACGAGAGGCGGCACCCUCGCAACGAUCCCUGACUCAUACACAUGUCACACACUCGCCACGCUCUCCCCUUCCUUCCUGUCGUCCUCUCCCUGCGAUCCAUCUCCAGUCCUGUCCUCGCGCCUCACACCUCAUGCCCCUCAUGUCACGCGGCCCUCUCACUGCCGCCCCUGCAGUGCUCGUCACAGCUGUCCCUCUCCCUCCGCCCCUCGCGUGCAUUGCCGCCGCCCCAUUAGACUUUUAA